AUGAAACCAAAGAAGCUUGCUGUUAUCACCAGUGCCUUGUUUGUAGUAGUGUUUGUAACGGGAUAUCUCCUGUACAACUUCUAUUACAUAUUUAUGGACGAUAAGACAGCAAAUGCAGCCUUUGACAAGUCUAAGCUCAGAGGAAAGUUCUCUGACAGUGGCGAUGUUAUAGAGGGAUCUGUCUUCUUCAGCUUCCUAUACAGGUUCCUAUCAACUCUGGACGAGGGGGUUGUGUGCGAUUCGUGUGUAGAAGGUGUUUGUAUCAAAGACAGUGUCUCUGGUAAGGAAGUCCACCUAAGAAACGGGUUGGAUGCAGCUACCAGGACCCUAUUUAAGAAUAGGAAUGUAGAGAAGGAUUUGGAAGAAAUACUUAACCUGAAUAUCCUUGACAUUGCAAUCUCCAUGAAGGAGGACAGGACCCAAAAAGCUGAUGAUGAGAAUAAGAACGAGGAGUUGAAGGACAAGAAUAAGAGUGAUAUCGCCACUGCGGUGUCCCAUGCCUUUAUUUAUAUUCUCCUCAAGGAAAGGCUUGAUCUUUCGGAGUACAAGAGCUAUCUUGAUAAGGUGAAGGACGAGUCCAAUGAGUACACAAGAGAGCAUCUGAGGAGAAUCGGCAUGAAGGAGAACAUUUCUAUUUUUGAAGGGGAGAGUGAUGAGUGCGUGAACAUCUAUGACUAUCUUCGCAUUGUAAUGUUCGCAACCAGCAAGCUUAUCCCCGAGGACUCUGCGACUACAACUAAUUGA